GUAGCCUACGCAGGAUCUGUGAAGCUGUCUCAAGAGGAAUGGACAGAUGACUACAAGAAUCCAAACAGCGACGCCUACAAGGUUCUUGCUUCAAAAGUGGAGAAGUCGGUAUGAAUGCAAUUUCGUUCGAACGUCGAAAACUGAACGCAUAAAAAAACCGUGUUGUAAGUUUGAAUUUCUUGACAGCCAAGCCUCUCGAAAGAAGUAAGCCACUAGACGUGUUUUUGAACGUGCCUUGAAUUGUUCCUUUUUAUUUUUCAAUUGAAACCGCAAAACCUUAUGGCGAAUCGUUUUUAUUUAAAAUUAAUCUACUUAACUUUCGACCUUAUAAGCUAGUGCAUGUUUUGGGUUUGCAUGCAGAAAAGUGACCUGGGAUACUAAACUUUAAAUUUCAGGUCAGCUUUGAAUAUAAGAAUGUGGAGCUCUUUUAUUUAAUAAAUUUAAUAAAUGCCAUUUUGUGCUUCGUCAGAUAAGAGAAGUGUACUCUGGCGUAGAUAAAGCAUCUCUAGCAUUUUCCAAUGCCAUGGUUACAGGAUUUAGGUAUGCUUCUAGAUUUUUAAUAUAAUGCUUAAGCCUUGAAUGUUAAAAUAUCUGAUGUAACACUUCACAUGUAUUUAAAAGAACGAUGAUUUUGUCAUAUGUUCUUUGGCUUUCGCUGAAAGUUGAACAGUUUUCUGCAAAACUAAUCUCAAGCAAAGUUUCAACGUUAUGCAUGUAUAGGUUUUAUUCGUUCGAUAAAAUGUUGCAACUUUUAAAGCAUUCACCAAAGACAAGUCCAAAGGACUUAGGGAAGGUAAGUUUUAAAUUGUGGGUGGGAGUGAGCCAGGAAGGGGAGGGUCCCCAGUAAUUUAUUUAUUUAUUUAUUUAUUUAUUUAUUUAUUUAUUUAUUUAUUUAUUCAUUGUAUUUUAUUUUUCCACUUCAGACGUGGAAGCGUUAUAGUGCUGUUCAAUUUGACGUUUACACGUGAUAUUGCUGAUGAGCUUGGUGCAAACGUCACCCGUAACCUGGUGAAGGCCGUUCAAAGUGGAAGCCUAGGCGGACUAGCUGUUGAUCCAAAUUCACUUACAAUAACACAGUCUGGUGGGUAGAGAAAUUUUUUUUAUUAUUUAUUUAGUUAUUUUUUUUUUUUUGACAAAGCAUUAUCUGCAGAUGUUGUAACCAACGCUGUAAAUAAGCGGUUUAAAACUGUUUCAAAUUUUGGUUGCAUGUGUAGCUGUUGUUCCAAACUCUAAAACAGCAGACACACAUGAAUUACUGUUGUGAAACGUUUAUUUAAUUAAUCCCUGCUUGAGCCAUAUAACAAACAGUUGCUGAUUCCCACUGCUCAUUACCUUCGUUUAAUUUAGUUAGGGAGUAAUGAUAGUGAUUUUUCGCCUCUUAGCCAUCCAUCCAUCUUUAACCGAGAAAGAAGAAAAACUAUUAUUCGUAAAACUGUUAGAGAACAAGUUCAUCGAGCCGCCCCUGACCUGAUGUUGUCAAGAUUAGUCCUUUUUUUGUUUGUUUGUUUGUUCUUUGUUGUUGUUGUUGUUGUUGUUGUUGAAUUUGGUUUGUUCUUCUGUACAUAUAUUGAUUUUAAAACAAUCAUAUUUCUGUUUUUAUUUCCUUUUUCAGCUGGGAAUGGGAAUACAGGGAACCACGUGACAGCUGCAGCGCGCACUGGGGGUAGGUACUCUCCUUUU